AGCCAAAGACGGAGAGGGCCCCCACAAGACCUGAAAAAAGCUUCCAGACAAGAAAGAAAGAAAAGGAAAAGAAAUGUCACCUAAUAUUCCGGAAAAGCAUGAUUAUAAAUAGUCGAUCGAUCUCCAUCCUGGCAUGAUCAUUUCUUCUUGCAAAAUCACUAUCCACCUAGUCAAAAUGGGUGGAGGGUGAAUUUAGAAAUCUUGUUUGCUUUUGAUUGCUAACACAGGAAUGUGAUGAUCAUCAUCUCUGCACAGAGUUCCAACUCGUGAGAAAAUGAGAGACUGUCCACUUUGAAUAAAGCACAUGUAUAGACAUUUAUGAAGACAAAAGAAGGGAUGCUCCAAACUCAAAGCAAAAGCAAAAAGGACACAGAUCCACCACUCUUCUUCACCCACAAGCCUCCAGCAUCCUUCAAGCUGUAUCAAAAGAUGUUAUAUGAGGCCAGCACAGCUGUCAGCUUCCCUGAGAAAAUGGCUGCAGCCGCUCCUGUCAAGAUAGGCACAAGAGGAACUGUGGGAUCUCUUGUCAUGAAGGAAAUUGAGUACUUCAGCAAGCUCGAGUUAGAGCACCGAGCAAGUUGUUCUCGAGUGCCUCGGCCGGUGGAUGUCGGUUCAAGCAGUGGCCAUUCCAGGCCAAGUUUCUGGUCCCUCACAAUGACUUGGAAAAGGAAGAAGCGAAGAGGAAGUGGGAGCGGGUUCCUUCCAAACAUCUGCUCUGCUGUGGAAGUUGCAGAAAGCCAUCGGUUGAAUGGAGUUCCCGGUUUCAAUUACAGGAUCCUGAAAAGUGAUGAGAACAACUUGAACACCUAGAUUGACAAUGAAACCUUUGUGUUAUAGUACUGUCCCAUUCUGCCCAUUCUUUUCCAGUGAUUCCUUGCUUCUCUUGUUCACUCUUGUUCUAAAAUUUUCUUUAAGUACUUUCAAGUGGGUGAUUCUUGUUGUUAUGGUUAUCUUUGCUUCUGCUACUGCUCGCUUCGAUCGAUGGUGAUCUUGUUUGUAGUCUUCAGCAAGUACUAGAGAGCUGUGCAUUACCAGGGAGCAGAGAGGCCUGGCCUUUUUCUGAAGACCCAAAAGAUAGAUGCGCUAAACUGUUGAAGUUUGACAUAAGUGUGGCAUAUAUGCAGAGAAUAUCAGAGACCCUCAGACCAGUAAGACAGAAGGAAACACUUUAUUGUAUGCAGAACAGAUCUGUAAAUUAAGAAAUCUGUUUCUUCAGGAGUUUGAUGUACAUAUUCAAAGAGGGUAAUUAUAAUAACAAUGGUUAAAAACUUGUCA